GGUUUACGGCCAGCUCUCUCUCUUUAUAUAUACAUAGGCUUUCCUGGCGUUUUCUUCUUCAGAAACCGCAGCUUCCAGUGGGUCGGUUCGGAACUCAAAAAUGCCGAAGCAGAUCCAUGAGAUUAAGGAUUUCCUUCUUACAGCAAGAAGGAAGGAUGCUCGAUCUGUCAAAAUCAAGAGGAGCAAAGAUGUAGUCAAGUUUAAGGUUCGGUGCUCCAAGUACCUUUACACACUAUGUGUGUUUGACUCAGAUAAGGCUGACAAAUUGAAGCAAUCUCUUCCUCCAGGUUUGAGUGUGCAGGACCUGUGAAGAGGGAGCUGGGUAGGACCUUUUUGUUGGCAUUUGGCUAUGAGAAAUUAGCAAAUUUACUUUCGUUCUGUUCCUUUUUGGAAAUGAUAUUUCUUCCUUGAUUGCAUACUAUUUGGUGUUUAGAUUCUAUUUGCCUUUUUGGCAGAAAAAAAUCUCCAGAUUCUUUUUCUCCCUUGUAUGUGUAGACUUGUGAUGAGUGUAGCUUCUAUCUAAUGUAUGCAUUUUUCCAUCUCUUGCAUCUCUGAGGAUGUGUUUGGGAUGGGGGAAUAGGAAUGGAAAUGGAAGUGAAUCAAUAUUCAUGUGCAA